CCUAAUAACCACCUCGACUAGUCCCACUCCUGCGCUGCUUGGCCUCCAUCAGCACUAACCACGCAGCCCGCCAUAGUCAUCACCACAAUGAAUGUCACUAUCGUCCUUUCCGUCAUCUCCGUCUCCAUGCUUUGCAUCCCAUGCCUCCAUCAGCCUUCGUAGCUUCAAAAAAACCACAAUACAAACUUCCAUGCCGCCCGCUACAGCAUAUACCUGCCGAAUCAGAUCCCUCGCUUAACCCCCCUCGCAACCCGCGCCCGUUUCCCUAUGCCCAAAACGUACCACUAUUGCGGCAUGCUCAAUACUCUGCCACCCCCAACCCCUGUUCCCCUUCAAACACGGCCCAUAUCUCCCCGACCCCAUUCACAUUUCCUCUUCAGUCCAACCACCUCAUCCGUUCAUCGCGAACCUUGAGAACAAAAGCAUAAUAAAACAAAUAUCAAGGAUAAGCCUUGCUUACCAGUACACAUCUGCCGAG